UUUUGGCCAAUAAAAAUGCAUGAAUACUGCUCAUCAAAACUUUUAACCAAUGGGAAUCCAGUGUUUGUUGGAUAUCACAUGUGACACCAUAUAAAAUGGUGUCACUUUUGACACAAAUCAUUAUUCACUUGUCAAAUACCAAUCUCGAUCAAUCAUUUAUUACUUAUUAAUCAUUACAAUCAUGGCUGAUUUCCUGGACUUCCUGUUGUCAUCACCAACCAAGUCACCACUACCCAUAGAGAUCACAUCCACUACCACACUAGAGGACAUCAUAGCUGCUACUAUUCAACCAGAGACCACUACCUCAGAUGUCACUACUCAACCAGAUUCAGCUGAUACCACUUCUACUGCUGAUCCUAUCACCACCAGCGAAGAUGAUGAUGAGGCCCUGGCUGCUGCUAUCCUUGCGGAAGCAACAGAUCUGGAGCCUGAGACAGAAACUCGCCUUGCUGAUUCACUCUUUGAUCUUCUUGGAUCACCACCACCAGAGCAACUACUCACCAACAACUCAGCAGUCCUAGAACUACAAUCACUACUCAAGACAGAACUCAAACAGCAAACCAUACCAGAAACUCUGAUGAGCCUUCUACACAAACCUAAGAUCAGUGUAUUCACCAGAGAGCAACAACUUCAACGACAGUUUACCAAACUCGAAGUCAACUCCCCAACUCAGGUGUCUCAGCUAUCUAGCUUCUUCAAGUACCAGUCUGCUGUCAUUGAGACGGAGCGUUACCAGUCACUUCACCAGAAUGCUACCAAACCACACCUUCAAAACUCCAUCAACAACCACUUCGAUGAGCAACUACACAAGGCUAUAGAUAGGGUUGAGGUCAGUGUCUCUAACCUCCAGCAAGCAGUCAGCAACCAGAUACCCACUACUACCAAGACAUCAGCUACCAGACCCAGCACACUCAGGUCUCGUCCACAGCUGUCACGCAGGUCUGUCCAACUCAUGGAAGAAUGGUACCACUGCAACAUAGACCACCCAUACCCAGACUCAUCCAUCAUCCAGUCAAUUGCACUUCAGGGGAACAUCAGAGAAGAGCAGGUCAAGAAGUGGUUCGCCAACAAACGUAGCCGUUCACAGAACACCCACUCACGUACAGUCACCACCUCUCGUAAGAUGUCUUCACGCUACAACAGGAACUCCUACUACCAGCCUUACUGAAUAACAGUGAUAUGAACUUUUUGUGAAUUGUGUCUUAAGUGCUAUGUUAAUUUUGUGUACAAGUGCUAUGUUUUAUGUAAUGUAUUUAAUUGCUUUACCAUUUGUUGUUUCAAUAUUAUGUAUUCUAUGAUAAAGUGCUAUAUUGUUGAAAUAUUUCUUGUGCUAAU